GAGCAGACGGCCGGCCGAGUGUCGAGGCGCGCUGCCGGUCCUGUCCUGUCCGUCCCGCCGGCGUCCGUUCCUGUCGUUUUCGCCAAGCCGCCGAUCGCGGAUUGAGGCUUUCCUCAAGCUUUUCCGCGCUGCCCUUGCGUCCUUUGACCCUCCGAGGCCGUGUGCGAGUGCCGCCGACGCCCAGAUGAAGCCGCGACGAGUGGAACGAGCCCGGUCCGGCCGGCUCUGUACCAAGAAAGCCAAGAAAGCAGCUGUCGCUACACCGCAUAAGUACGUGUCCCCGCCUUGGAGACCGCGGAGACCGCGGAGGCACUCGAGGGGCGACAGGGGCUACAGGCUGGGCCGCUUGCGGCUGCUGCGGCCGCAGCCCUUCGCCGCGGCCAGUGCCGCCCGGAAGCGGCGUUUGCAAGUUUUGAUCCAAGGGACGGUGUGGAUAAGAUACAAGAAUACUAGGCAAACGCGAAGCGUGACAGCGGCUGCCCAGAAUUCGGUGUCCCGAGUCCCCCGAUCGACGCGCUACUCCUCGUACCUGGCCAGCGCCAGCCAGGGCAGCACCACUACCCAGACGUCCACGACCACCCCCGCCAGCAGCCAGGGCUCGUACGAGCACUUCCGGGAGCUGCGGAGGUACCCCUACAAAAACUCGGUGCUGCCGACCAAAACCUCGUCCUACCUUGAACUGAGACGUCACCGUGGCCACGGGGCCAGGGGAAUGACAAUGGGUCAAAAAGUAUCAGGAAGUGUGAAGACGGCGCUAGCCAGGGAGAGCCCGCAGCCCUACAAGCCCGUCAUCCCACGGGAGCUGGCGCAGGACUUUCAGCGGCCGGCGCGCCUCGAGAUCCUCCUCGACAUGCCCCCCGCCACCAGGGAAUGCCAGAUCACGCAUGCCUGGAACGCGGACGACCGGUCCCUCAAUAUAUUUGUUAAAGAGGACGACAAGCUGACAUUCCACAGACACCCCGUCGCACAGAGCACAGACUGCAUCCGAGGGAAGGUCGGUCUCACCAAAGGCCUCCAUGUGUGGGAAGUGCACUGGUCAACGAGACAGCGGGGGACGCACGCCGUUGUAGGAGUAGCCACCGCCGAAGCCCCUUUACAUUCUGUUGGUUACCAGAGCCUAGUUGGUAGCAACAACCAAUCAUGGGGUUGGGAUCUUGGCCGAAACAAAUUAUACCAUGAUUCGAAAAAUAAUGCUGGUGUCACAUACCCUGCAUUAUUGAAACCUGAUGAAACUUUUAUCGUUCCUGAUAAGUUCCUCGUUGUCCUUGAUAUGGAUGAAGGUACCCUUUCAUUUGUGGUUGAUGGCCAAUACCUUGGUGUAGCAUUCCGAGGACUGAAGGGCAAGAAAUUGCAUCCUAUCGUUAGUGCAGUAUGGGGACACUGUGAAAUUACUAUGAAGUAUAUAGGAGGACUUGAUCCUGAACCCCUACCUUUAAUGGAUCUCUGCCGGAGGGUUAUAAGGCAACGUAUUGGUAAAAGAAAUUUGGAGGACAAGAUUCAAAAAUUAAGGCUUCCCCAAGCAUUGAAACACUACCUCAUGUACCGGGAUCGAAGAUAACAACCGUCACCUGGCCACACACCACGGAAGCUUCCUUUAGGGAACGUUCAGUGGCAGAUUAUCCUGUCGGACAUUACCUGAUCUCCCUAGUAGAAGAUACCCUCGGCGUUACCGUCUAGUGUGGCACAAUGGAGGACUUGAAGCAGGGCUGUGGACACAUUGUUAAAUGUGAUUCGGUGGUUCUUUAAAGUGAAGCAGGCAUGUACUGAUUCAAAGUGUCGAAACACUAGUGUGGUUGAAUCUUCGAAAGUAUGUCUUUUCUGUUAACUUUAUCUGCCUUUUGGAGCAUGGAAACCUUAGCUUCAUGCUUCUGCUGCAGAGGUACUAUGGCUUCCACUUAUAGCAUUUCAUCCACAGUGUUUCUUGGACCCCCUUCCACUUGUGAUAUCAUGGCGGUGAUUGCCAAGAACUUAUGUUCACAUUUUUGAACAAAAUAUGUGUGUAUAAAUUAUUUCUUCAGUAUGCUGAAGAAAAUAUGUAAAUUGGUUUUAUAAGAUAGCAACUUUAAUAUUAGAUUUUAUUCAUCUCUUUUGUACCUUUUUCUUUUUUUUUUUUAUUAUUACUUUUAUUUGUUAGAGAGAAAAGCUUCUUUCUGGCAAUGACCGCUUUCUCUUGGACCCUCCUGUUGAAUCUCUGAGCAUUAUCUUUAAAGUUCCUUUUUCCCUUUUACCUUUCAAUCAGCUCCUUGCAGAGAAUGUAGCUCUCUGGUCUUGUGGAGCAUCUUGCACAAGUGGCGAGGUUUUUUUCUUCACUGUGUGAAGAGUUAUGUCCCUAUUUCAGGAACUCUAAUGAGUUCAUUUGAGUUAAUCAUCAAUUGAUGUCAGAAAGUUCAUUUAAAUUAAUUAGAUAUGCUCUAUUUGUAACUUUUCUUUGCCAGGAAGCUGUUUUAAAACUGAGUCAUUAUGGGGUCUUCCCACCUAUGUUACCUCCUCGCAUCACACCUUUUCUUUUCUCAUAUAGUUUUUGUAUUUUGACAUGCCAUUCAUUUCUGGUCAAAAAUUGCUUUAUUUCCUUGUUUCCUCUGACAGGCUGUUUCAUUUCGGAUAUCUUAAAUUUAUCUUUUGUUUCAGUUGUGACUUGUUUUGCUCAUAUUGUGUACAUUGCUAUGUGUAUCAGUUUUAUUGUUAAAGUAAAAUGGUAUUGCUUGCUCAGAGGAUGCUUGGAAUUUGGAACCAUGUAAAUUUUUGAGCAAUGCUCAGCGCCAUGGUUUAUGCGCAGUUUAUUGUUUACAACUGGCAGCAGACUUCACCAUCAAGCCUGUAUAUUCUGGACUGUAAACUUUUGUUACAAAACUACACAAAUUGUUCGUAAAUGUUACAUUUGGCAAACUCAUUCAAAUUUUUCAAAAUAUUUUCAUGGUGUUCCAUUGUUUGAUGCAUGAAUCAAUAUUCAAAAUACUUUUGUAAAACAUCGAUGCUUUUUCAAAUCUAAUUGAAAGUAUCAACUUGCAUUUUUGCAAGUACAGAAUAUUUGCUUACUCUGCUGUGUAAAUUAAUCCUGGCUAGUAAGCAAUCUUCCAGGCCUUACUUUAAAUCUGUAAGAAAUGUAACCAGUUAAAAAUGUCUCUGUAAAAAUGAAAUACAAUUUGUUUGUGGUCAGCUAAGUUAACCAAAUUAUGAGCUAAUUUUCCCACUUUCCCUCAUGAGAAACUGAAAAGGCUAGUGGGCAUAAAUGUAAAUAAAGGAUUUUCUCUGACGAACUUCUGUGAUGUUUUAUUUUGAAGGUGGAUCCUUUGCUUACCUAGUAGGCUAUGUGCACAGAACACUUGUGUGUUGUAAAUAUUAUCUGUGUGAUCCAAUGUAAAAGUAUGUAUUGUAAGCUGUUUUUCAAUAAAACAAAAAGAAAGUA